CUUGGGGCUCCGUCGUCGACAUUCGUUACGUUACUUAAGUCGUGAACAAAAUCGUGGUGCUGUCCGCCUCGGUCCCGAGCAUAACGAGGCCGUGUGGUUGAGAAGAGAUCGGAUCAUUCGACCGUGGAAGCAUCCGCGAGGAGGCGGCCGGAGGGCGAAGCGAUGUACGGAUUCGAGGCGCUCACGUUCAACGUCCAUGGCGGGUACCUGGAGGCCAUCGUCCGCGGCUACCGCUCCGGCCUCCUCACCGCCGCCGACUACAACAACCUCUGCCAGUGCGAGACCCUCGACGACGUCAAGAUGCACCUCUCCGCAACCGAGUACGGGCCGUACCUACAGAACGAGCCAUCUCCUUUACAUACAACUACCAUUGUGGAGAAAUGCACUCUUAAACUUGUGGAUGAGUAUAAGCAUAUGCUGUGUCAGGCAACAGAGCCUUUAUCAACCUUCUUGGAAUAUAUAACGUAUGGUUACAUGAUCGACAAUGUUGUUCUUAUUGUCACCGGCACAUUGCAUGAGAGAGAUGUUCAGGAACUGCUGGAAAAAUGCCACCCUUUAGGAAUGUUUGAUAGCAUUGCAACACUUGCAGUUGCCCAAAAUAUGCGGGAACUUUACAGAUUGGUUCUUGUUGAUACACCAUUGGCACCAUAUUUCUCAGAGUGCAUCACAUCAGAGGACUUGGAUGAUAUGAAUAUAGAGAUCAUGAGGAAUACCUUGUACAAGGCCUACCUUGAAGAUUUCUAUAACUUCUGUCAGAAACUAGGUGGAGCAACUGCUGAAAUCAUGUCUGAUCUUCUUGCAUUUGAAGCUGAUAGAAGGGCUGUCAAUAUUACUAUAAAUAGCAUUGGCACUGAGUUGACUAGAGAUGAUCGCCGGAAGCUUUAUUCUAAUUUCGGUUUGUUAUAUCCCUAUGGCCAUGAAGAACUUGCUAUCUGUGAGGAUAUUGACCAGGUCCGUGGUGUGAUGGAAAAAUAUCCACCAUACCAGUCCAUUUUUGCCAAGAUAUCCUAUGGAGAAAGUCAGAUGCUGGACAAAGCAUUUUAUGAAGAGGAAGUAAAGAGGCUCUGUUUGGCUUUUGAGCAGCAGUUUCACUAUGCGGUUUUCUUCGCCUAUAUGAGAUUGAGCGAGCAGGAGAUAAGGAAUCUGAUGUGGAUCUCAGAAUGCGUAGCGCAGAAUCAGAAGUCCAGAAUCCAUGAUAGUGUGGUCUUCAUUUUCUGAGUGCUGCAUCAGAGCACAAAAUUGUGCCUGGAGAUGCUCCUUCCAUCACUUAAUUCUCUUGUUAUCUCUUUACUUGCCUGAAACCAUGGUACAUGCAUUGUUUUUAUCAGCAUAACGUGUGUGGCACUUAAAUCUGAAAUAUAAAAUAAGCUGUAAGUUGUAUUAGAAAGGAAUGUGAUUCCUUGAACAAUUUCAGUUUGAUCUUUUCCUUGCUCUCAAA